UGACACACGUUAUCGCAAUCACCUGAUUGCAAUGUUUCAAUGGAAUAAGUGUACUUAUUUCAAGUUGAAUUAAUUCAACUUGGGAAAUCAUUAAUAUAGCAUUUCUUAUUAUAUAUGACCGCUUUACUAUUUAAUUUAUAAUAUAAUUUUAAAAUAACACCUACUUUUUGCAAGUUUUACGGGAAGAUAUAGGUUUCAGUGAUUUAAAUCGAAUAAAUUAAAAAAUGGACAAAAUAAUAAGUUUACAAGAACUUAAAAAGCAUAACAGUCAAAGCAGUGUUUGGAUGGUAAUACAUAACGAUGUAUACGACGUCACGGCGUUCUUACAAGAGCAUCCUGGCGGUGAAGAUACCUUAUUGGAUUUUGCAGGAAAAGACGGAACACAAGGAUUUGAAGAUGUCGGUCACAGUGAUGAUGCUAGGGAAUUACUGAAAAAGUACAAAAUAGGAACAUUGGCGCCAGGCGAAAGAACAGCUCACAUUGAGAGUUGUUCCAAAUUGAAGUGGGCAGUCCUGGCGCUGGCGGGAGCAAUUGUUAUAGGGUUUGCUCUUAAAAAAUAUCUGAAUAAAUAAUAGAAAUAAUUUUAUAUCAUAUUAUAUAGUACAAUUCACGCACGGCGGAUAAACUAAGCUAUGUAAUUUUUAUAUAUAUUAUUAUAAUACCUAUUUAUUGUCAUAAUUUUGAAACAAUUUGAUGUAAAUAUUCUUUUUAGAUAAUUAUACACGAUGUAUUA